AUGCCCCGCCUGGUGGUGGUAUCGGGCUCAUCGCAUGGCAAUUUUGCCGAUGUGGUGGCCGAGAGCUUGGGGCUCCACUUGCAUCCAGUGUUGCGUUCGAAAUAUCCCAAUGGAGAAAUACGAUUCGAGCUGCUCGAGUCGGUGCGUGGAGCGGAUGUCUAUGUGGUUCAGACCAGCUGCGAGCCGAUAAACGACAUGCUGAUGGAGCUGCUGGUUAUGGUGCAGACGUGUCGCUAUGCAUCGGCCAAGACGAUUACGGCAGUGAUGCCACUGUUUCCCUACUCCAGGCAAGAUAAAAUGGAUUCGUGGAAGCAGCCCAUAACGGCCAAGCUGGUGGCCAACAUGCUCUCUGUGGCUGGCGUCAAUCGUGUCCUCACCAUGCAACUGCACACCCAACAGCUGCAGGGAUUCUUCGAUAUACCUUGCGACAAUCUACAAUCUGAUAUUGCCAUCGAAUCGUGGAUAAAACGAUUUAUACCAGACUACACAGAGCUGGUGAUUGUGGGCGCAGACAAAGGAGCAGUGAAAACCGCAACCCAAAUCAGCCAGAGACUUGGCACUCACGUGGCUCUGUUCCAUAGGCAGAGACGUGAGGCCAGCGAGGUGCAUGACAUGAUACUUGUUGGGAACGUUCGAGGCAAGGUCGUUGUGGUUGUCGACGAUCUAGUAGACACAAGUAAUACCCUAUGCCUAGCCGCUGAACGUCUGAGGGAGGCUGGAGCUUCGAGCAUCUACGCAAUCGUAACUCAUGGCGUAUUUUCGGGACAGGCGCUCAAGAAGCUCAGUGAAUCGUUAUUUGAGCUCGUUGUUUGCACGAACACCAUUCCCCAGCCCACGGAAGUGGCCAACAAUCCAAAGUUUCACAUCAUAGAUGUCUGCAAUAUCUUUGCCAAAUGCAUUUGGAACAUGCACGACAGCAUUAGUGUGGAGAACGCUUUUCGUUCAGAGUCCAGCCUUCUUCACUGGCGUCUCUCACAAAAGAAAGAUCGAGAAAGUGUCUCCAGGAGCAUGAUAGAAGAGGAAUGCGAUAAUUGUUCAGAGAACGAGUGCAAUGAAAAGUCUACACAAACUACCAAAAGAGCUUUACAAGAAGAAUAA